ACCCUAUCUUGUGAAAUGUUCAGGUAUAAAUGCCCCUUCAGCAAGCACCAGAACUGCAAAAAGGAGUUCUAUCGAAAAGACAAGCUGAAGCUGCAUUUGCAAACUCACUCAAUGCAGAACCUCAGGUGUGAAAGGUGCAACAGGGUGUUCAAGCGCAGCAGACAGCUCAAGCAACACGAGACGGUCUGCCUCUCCGAAGACAAGCCUUGUAAGGACUGCGGUCACGUCAUUCACAGUCUGGAGAAAUACAAGCACCCUGUGAAAACAAAACCAAACUCCCACACUCAUGUGAACCGACGGAAAUAUCGUCUUUUGGAAGGCAGCAAGCAACUAGACGACAAUGUCCCGACGAUACAGGUGGUAGUGGUUCCUCUCAGCGGGAACGAGGCUGGUAUACUGCCGCAAUGACAGUGGCUAAGAGUGAGACAAUAGAUGCACAACCUUGAGUAUCAUACAGACCUAGCUCUCUGCAAACAGCUCUUUUGUUUGUCACACCAUAGAGCUUUGUAUUAAUCCAUUUACAGAGUAGAGUUACAUUUUGGAAUUAUCAUCCCAAUUAUGAGUUUCCAUCUGUGGUGAAUUUAGUUGUAAUGUGUACUCCACAAUCAUAACUAACACAAUACAAUGAGAUACAAACUCACUAAACUUCUUUGUAAAUUUGCAUGUUAACUAGUAGAUAGAGAGUAUAGAGUCAAUUUUACAAAGUAAUAGAUAACAGGUACAAGUUUUUAUUUGUCAGUUUUCAAAGUAAAGCUUGGGAAACUAUCUUGUAUACUUUGCAAUAUUAUUUCGAUUAGCAACAGGAUAUAUUACAAAAGGAUUCAGUGUUGUUAUAGAUCUAACUGGAAAUGCUUCAUUAACAUUGUAACAAAACAGUAUUAAUGUUGUAAAAUUGUGUAAUUUUUAUGUCUUUGAAAAAUAUUGAUAUGAAACUUAAUAAACCGGGUUACGAAUGGGUCAUUAAAGACAAGUGUUGUUUAAUAUGAGUUCAUUCUUUUUUACAGUAAACUUAUUCACUUAAUUCCAAAACAUUUAAUAAAUAAAUUAAUAGCAAGCUCUUUGAUAUUAAAAUGAACAAGGUUUAUUUGAUAAAUGAAUAAAAUGUGACAUUAUUUCAACCGUUUUGUUAAUUGUUGUUUUUUUAUCAUUAGUUUGAAAGGCAUUUUUUGAAUUAAUGUCCGCUGUCAUGUAAAUCAAAGUUGCUGCUUGAAAUAAAAACUUGGUUUUUAUUAAAUUUGACAUAAACAGGCAGGCGUAUUACAAAAAUUAAUCAUCUACUCAGUAAUCGAUUUAUAAUCAUUUCACACUUCAGGUUGAAUGUAAGUAGUGUUUAACACAAGAAUGUAAGUAGUGUUUAACACAAAGUAUGAUAAGUUUUCUUUCGGAAGGUGUGGAAGGAAUAAAUUAAGUGGAAGGUUAAAUAAGAGAAGGCUUCUGUAAGAAGUUGGUUACCACUGACUGCUUGGUGGAAAGCGUUGGCUUUUUAUUAAAGCUUUUGUUAGACUGAAAUUGUUCACCUAUUAGACUGUAUUACUAUUAUUAUAGUUGACUUAUUCAAUUUAUAAGUUAUUUUGCUUAUGAUUUCUCACACAUUGUUUUGUUUGAGUGUAACCCAUUAUACAUUGUAGAUGUAGUAUCAAUAGUUUUUAUGCUAUCAAGUUUUCAUAUAAACAGAUUUGGCUGUGGCUAAUCAUUUUAAGAGUAAAGUUGCCUCUAGGUUAUAAUAUUUAUUAUAGUGAGAAUACUUUGUUAAAACCAAUAUAAUAAUAGUGAUUAAUUGCAUUUAAAGUCGUGAGUUAGAUAUUUUCCAGUUUCAGGUAUUAUGAAACAAGAUACUGUUAACAGCCAAUGCAUGUAUUUAGAUACCCUUAUUUAUUACUGUAACAUUCAUGUUUUGGGUAAAAUUUUGUUAUGUUUGAUAAGAUAAAUGUAUUUUGGAGGUGAAAUAUCACUAGCAUUAUAUAUAAUAAGGUUGUCAAUAAGUGAUGUUGAAAUAUUGUUAAUAUUUAAUAUAUUCGUUCAUAAUUUUCCUAA